CCCCUGCUCUGGUAAAGAGGCUGAAUGUCUGCAGGACAUGCUUAACGUUUGUCUAUCCAUGUUCUUCUACUAACAACCAGUGGGUUUGGCACAUAGAUGCACAGAGACUGGCGUCUUGCUCCACUCAGGAGCUCUCUAUGACAGAAAUCAGAAUUCAGAGCAGCAGAUUGUUCACAGUUGCAUUAGAGUUACAUGUUGAGCAGUUUAUGUGUUGUUGCAUUUAGCUUUUAGAGAGGCAGUUUCUGUUUGAGGGCAAAUUUUUCUUUUGUCAUUAGUCAUUAUUGUGGAGAAACAGCAUCUCCUAUUAGUUGAUUAGUUAGUUUUUCUGUUGACUUUUCAUCCCUCCAUUACUUAGAGGUUGCUUUUUGACCUUUUGCCACCAUGUGGGAGUUCAGGUCCAUGUCGUUCUGGCGGGCUGUCUUCGCCGAGUUCUAUGGCACCAUGUUCUUUGUAUUCUUUGGGCUGGGGGCAGCCCUCCGCUGGACCACUGGGCCCCAUAAUGUUCUCCAUGUUGCCUUCUGCUUUGGGCUGGCGGCUGCCACCCUCAUCCAGUCCAUUGGCCACAUCAGUGGAGGUCACAUCAACCCAGCUGUUACCUUUGCCUACCUGAUCGGCUCCCAGAUGUCCCUGUUCCGUGCUUUCUUCUACAUCGUGGCCCAGUGUCUCGGAGCACUGGCUGGUGCUGCCGUGCUCUAUGGGGUCACGCCAGGCAACAUGAGAGGAAACCUUGCACUUAACACGCUGCAGCCAGGCAUCAGCCUGGGCAUGGCCACCACCAUGGAGGUCUUCCUCACCCUGCAACUUGUCGUCUGCAUCUUUGCUGUGACUGAUGAGAGGCGCAAUGGACGUCUGGGCUCUGCUGCCCUUGCCAUCGGCUUCUCUGUGCUCAUGGGGCAUCUUCUUGGGAUGUACUACACUGGAGCAGGAAUGAACCCAGCAAGGUCCUUCGCCCCUGCUGUCCUGCUCAGGAAUUUUGUCAACCACUGGGUGUACUGGGUGGGACCUAUGAUUGGUGGUGCCAUGGGUGCUCUGCUGUAUGACUUCAUGCUGUUCCCCCGUGUGCGCGGCCUCUCCGAGAGGCUCGCCACACUCAAAGGCAUCCGGCCUCCAGAGGCAGAGGGCCAGCAGGAGACCAGGGGAGAGCCCAUUGAGCUCAAGACACAGGCCCUAUAAGCCUGGAGAAGAAGAUUGGCUUUCUGACCCCCCCAUUCCUUACCCCUCCCCCCUCACCCCUAAAUCUGCACCCUCAGCUCCAGGUCCAUCCUCGGCCCACUCAGCAUUUCUGCGCACAUACCUCCUCCCCGCCUCCACACAUGCUAACACAUGUCCCAAACACCUUUGUUGUCCUCGUUCUGCAUCCAGAACUGGACCUAUCGAAUUACAGUGAAGGGGAACCCUCAGCCCCGACCAUCUCGCCUGAUUUCACCUCUACCCACCCUUCCUCCUCAUCCUCCUCCUCCUCCCCCUUGGACUGCAGGACAAAGAUGGAGGGUUAGAAGAAGACUUGCCACUGAAGGAAGCACCCUGUGCCAUGUGGUGUGGGGAGUCGGUCACUCCUGGCUGACCAGGUGGCUAUAACUGCUCAGGACAGGGGCCUAGCUCGCUAUCUUUCUUUCACUUUCUCUCUUUCUGUUUUUCUCCCUAUUUUGUAGUCUGCUAGGAGUGAAGCUACAGUAGAGCAGUGGACUUCUGCAUGCGUUUCCAUUUUGAUCCGGUGUGAUCUCGCCCUUCGUUUUGUUUCGUUUAAUGAACUUUGGGUAAAUUGCAUGUACGUAUUGUACUUUACCAGUAUUUAUUUGGCUCACAUUCUUUUCUUUUUUUUCAGUCGUAUGUGUGUGAGUGUGUGAAACAGAGUGGGUGUGCAUGCACAUCUCUGUGCAUGUGUACUGUAUGUGCUUGUUUUAAUUGAUCAUUUUUACUUUUCAUUGCCACAAUCCUUUAUCUGUAUCAUGAUUUUUUUUAAUCAUACAAGCAUAUUUUAGGGAAAGAUGUGGCCUUUUCCACAUGCCCUUACUGAUACUGCGAAAGUUUGAUUCAAUAUUUAGAGUGAGCCCCUUUUUUAUAUCAGAUGAAAAUAGUUAAUGCCUUUGAGUCAAGUCUUAAAGCCAAAUUCAUUCAGUUUAGAAUUUGUGUCUCAUCUAGUGAAGCACACACAGAUUCAUAUUUAUAUUAAAAUAAACACAAAACACAAAACUAUCUGGUCAUUUCUGCGCUCAGUUUUCAAUGAAGUUACAAUUACAAACACUUGAAAUUGUAUAACUGCCACAAAUCUGUUACCCAUUGCUUUAUAAGUGGGAAAUCUGCAGGUUAGCUUAUACAGUAUUUGUGUUGAGUUACAUUUUAAAUUACUUUUAAAUUCUGACAUGAGCUUUGCUUUUAGAGCAGCCUUUAUCACAGAUUCAUGUAAAGGUGUGUGAUAGUUGGUUUGCUUUUACUUUUGCGUGUCUGCCAUGGAAAAACAAAGAAAGCAAAACCUGACAAGCUGUCAUGAGGAACAAGCGUUUUCUAGUUGAAUUGUGUUGUUUGACACGACUGAAGGGUCUUUGUUAUAUCAACUCGAGGUUAGAAAUGAAAGAGUGCAUGAGGUGUAGUGGCUUGUUGCUGGUGUUGGCAAACACCUGGUGCCUUCUCUUUUCUACGCUGAGCUGGGUGACUCUUUGGGAGUGAGAUAGUUUUAUUGGACAAGCCCCUCUCUGAUAUUUGGGAGAAGAGAGAAGGUCACCGUGAGGCGACUGAAAUCUUAGUGUGUUUGUACAGGGUGAUAAAUGUACACCUUUAUUUUCAUACAAUCUACACAAGAGAGAAUGAUUUUGAAGUUGAAGCUCUACAUUGGCCUGGUGUCCCCUCUCUCUUCCAUCCUUCCUUUAUUCACCCUACCUCCUCCCUUUGUUUACGAGGCAGCCAUCUUGUUCUGCUCUAAUGAGGGGACAUCUAAAGCUGCUGGGAUGGAGGGAAGGGGACGGGGCACUGAGAUAAGUUAGCAUUUUGACAAAUUUCACCAAAGCAGUUAUUGAACCAGACAUGUAAGCUGAUUCUCUUUCUGCUUCCUCUACAUAACCUUUUUUUCAGUGUGAUUUCCCUGGCAGUGGUUGAGUAGAAUUUACAUUUUAGUGACAUGUUGAAAUUAGAAUUUGUGUUCUAAUGGAAAAGCUUUGUGAUGUACAGUGUAAAGUUUUCUUUUUUUUUUUAAAAUCAUUUCAUGAUUGUUGAAACUGGAUGGAUAGGAAAUAUAAUAUGCUAGUUAUGCAAUGUCUCCUCUUUGGCUGAUGGAUUAUGGAAGUGAAGCCAAUUGUGUUAUACACCAAUAUGCUUUCAUUUAAUGGACAGCCUUUUUUGGUACCAGGCAUACCUUCCCAAUCACAAUGCCAUUGAUUUAUUAUUUUUAUAUGUCAAAAAAAUCCGAAAAUUCUCAUGUUUCCAAUCA